AUGCGGAGCGACACUGGGGCCACAGUCCAAAGCGUGGCAGCGCUUCAGGGCACUGCGGAGGAUGGCAGCGUGUCCGCGUGGGGUCAUCCGGAUUUUGGGGGAGUCACGCCGCGAAUGUACAACACCGAUGCGGCGGACCCUCCCUUCUUGAACGACGUAACCUCCAUCCAGUCGAAUAGCAGCGCUUUUGCCGCCCUUCGACGAGAUGGUUCUGUCCGGCCCUGGGGUGAUGCUGACAGAGUCGGAGGCCGAGCCAUCGACGAAGACUUGACCAGAGUCGUGAAGAUUCAGAGUAAUCGCUGGGCGUUCGUCGCAAUCAAGCAGAACGGCUCCGUGGAGGCUUGGGGUCAUCUGGACUGGGGCGGUCUUGUUAUCACCGAUGACGGAAGGCCGCUGCUGGGAGUGGCGAAUGUUCAGGCCACCGUUCGAGCUUUCGCCGCGAUCUUGCACGAUGGUUCUGUCCAAGCCUGGGGAGAUGAUGAGGGAGGCGGCGACCUCCCGGUCGUCGUCUCUGACUGCAGGGAGAUUCAGGUCCUCUCUGCUGCGCGGCGUUCGGUUGUGUUCGAAGGCGGGUUCUCCGAGGCAGUCAGGCCCGACCUUUGGAGCUUCGACUGGCUAGACUUUGCCUGGACCUUGGAGUGCCGUGAAAGUCGAGAAGAUGAGCUGCUGCCGGGACCUGCGGUUGCCUUGCCGGGACCUGCGGUCGGUCUCGUUUCCUUCGUCUUGCUGCUGGGACCUCAGAGUGCUUGCUGUGGCUGUGUUGGGAGUUCGUUUGCUUGUAGGGUGCUUGCUGUGGCUGUGUUGGUAGCUCGUUUGCUUGUAGGUCCCCUUGGUGCGGCGGCUUUUGCUUCCGGUCAAAGCCGUCGGGACAGCGGCCGAGGGGUGAGGCUCGACCUUUGGAGCUUCGACUGGCUAGACUUUGCCUGGACCUUGGAGUGCCGUGAAAGUGCGAGCUGUGACCUUCGGACGAGCGCCAGGGGCUCGAGAGUUCGUUCAGCUUGCCGUCGAGUGAAGCUCUGCCUUAAAAAUGUGGUUGCUGUAGACGGUGCCCUCUCGAGCAGAUCCCAGCGCCAUUUUGGCGCAGCGCCAGCUAGCUUUCCAGCCAUGGUGAACAAGAGGACGAAGGAGAACGCCAAGAGGGCCAAUCUCCAGUGGGAGGUGAAGCACGGGAUGAAGCGGAUGAGCAACCGGCCUCUGACCGAGCAGGAGAUCGAGGAGAAGAAGCAGGAGAUCGCAAGAAUCGACCGCCUCGAGACCCGGACGAGCACCCGCAUCAACAACCAUACGACCGAGGUUGCCCGCCUGUCCGGUCGGUUCGAGGAGACCGAGGCCCGCCUGUCGGGUCGGUUCGAGCAGCUCGCGAAUCUCAUCGCGCCGCCGGUCAAAAGGCAGAGGCUGGAGCGCGAGAGGGAGAGGGCCGAGAGGCGCGAGAUGGAGCGUCAGGAACAGGAGGCCGAGCGCGCAGCCAAGCAGGCCGAAGUACAGCGCCUGCAGGAGAUUGCUGCGGAGGCGCAGGCCAAAGCUGAUCUUGCCAAGAAGCAGCUGAAGAUGGCGGGAAACCCCAAACCCAAACAAAAGGCCAAGGCGGCUCCAAAGGCCAAGCGGGCAGCCAGAGGCCGCGAUGGGCCAUUGCCGAGCGGCAAGCCACCCGUGCCGGAGCCUGCGGUGGAGGCAAAAGAGUCGGUGGAGCCUGCCCCCGUCCCAGAGAAGGAGGCUGCUGUCCCAGAGGCUCUCCCAGAGGCGGCUGCCCCUCCCCCAGAGGAGUCGAAGGACGUCCCACUGGCGGUCCCAGAGCCUCCUGCGGAGGUCCAGGUCGUGACUCCCGUGAAAAAGACCAAGGACCUCGGCAAGACACCAUCCAAGCCAGAGAAGCAGAAAAAGGAGAAAAAAGAGAAGAAGCAGGCGAAGGACCCCGAGUCCGACAAGGUGCCGGCCGGGAUCUCGUCCGAGGAGUUUCGCGUGUGCCUCCAAAAUCACCACAAGGUGGCUGUCAGCAAGCCGAGUGAGGACCUGCAGAGGUUCACCGUCGGUGGCUUCGGCUUCCGCCUCCUGGAGAGCUACCCAGGAGGCCGCCAUUUGGAGAUGACGCCCGAGCUCGGUGACAUGGUCUCUGCCCUCAAGAUGGUGUGUGAGAAGCCCUCCGAGUUCGAGGACAUUUCCGUGCAUAGCCGAUACGGCACCUUCGACGCGGGGAUCCGGGUGGACUUUGGAAUCGUCAUGGCGGGCGACAGAAUGCUCGAAGGAGUCACCGGCUUCACCGUCCGCACCAUCGACAGAAUUCGCUCUCGAAAAUUCGACCCACCGGUCUUCGUCUGCGACAUCCAGGCCUAUGAGGUCAAGACGGACUCCCUCACGCAGAGGAAGGUGUGUCGUAUCAAGGACGACCCUCUGGAGCUGGAGAAGGCUUGCAAGCAGAUCAAAGAGGGCGCCCUGGAGUUGGUGGCCUUGAAGAAGUCUUGUCCCAACGAUCCCCGUGGCAUCGACCUCGGCGAUUCCUUCACUCUGGGCUUCGAGGGGCUCGAGCUGCCAGGCAACAAAUUCGUCGACUUCGGCUCCCUCAACUUGCUGGAGGGGUACCUGCCCGCCCGGUAUUGCACAGGAUGGGAGGUCAAGCUUCCCAUUGCGGUGAGCGCCCUGCACUGCACAGCUAGGGGCGUGUCGCUCGAUCACCUCCGCCAGUUGAACAGGUCCCGCAUCGAGUUCUUCGCGCUGCCCUCGGCUCGGUGCUCUUCCUGCCUGUCCCGCAUCGAGUUCUUCGCGCCUGGGUCCGGUUUUGGUGAGCCAUGGAGUUCGCCUUGGGUGAAUUCUGAAUGCUUCCGCGAGGUCUUCGCGCUGCACAGGGAGUUCGUGGAGUUUCCCCAGCCGCUGCGCAGCCAGCAGCUUGGUCGCUGGCAUGAUGCGACCACCUACUUUCUUUGGGGCCGUUUCAUCACACGGUGCUUGCUGAGCGGAAUCGUGCCCGCCUCACAGCGCACCAGUGUACGUCUGCAGCUUCAACGUGCCGGCCGCCUCCUGGUCACCUUUGAAUUCUUCGUCCAAGUCCGGGACGUCAUGCGGUUGAGCGUCUCGCUGGACAGGGCAAUCGACGUGGAAACCUUUUACCUGGGCCCGAUGCGCUGUUUUGGUGAAACCCAGAGCUAUAUGUCUUUCGUCUAUCGCUUGCAUGCGCUCCCCCAAUCUGAGGGGCAGUUCGCCGCUGACUGUGUGGAGUGGCAUUUUUUCAGCGACGACGAG